AUGGCGGCGGCCGGAACGCCACAAACAUCAGCAAUCCACUGCUUCAACUCUUUCUCUGGUCUUCACUGGUGCAACGCCCUUUCCCGGUUCCUCAUUGGUCUUUGUUAUAGCCUGCAACAAGAGUCACCGACGACGUUCGGUGGUGCCAAGUGGCCGGAGAUGGUAGCGGCUGUUGGAGCGCCGCCUCUCCAACCUCUUCUUUCUUCAGUCGGUUCUAAAAUGGCAACAACAUCAGCAAGUGCCCUUUCAAUCAGAUCAACAUCUCAUGCCUCCAAACCUACCCAACUUCUGCAACCCAAAACAUUUGGUGUCAAUUUCACCUCCCGAAACAAUCUCAAAUCCUCAUCCUUCCUAAACAAGGAAAGCACCGCAGCUCUCCGUUACUCUCUCACCCAAAAACCCCAAAACCACCACCAGCCACCACCAUCCGCCCUCAAAAUCCAAGCAUCUUUCAAAGUCGCCAUCCUAGGUGCCGCCGGCGGAAUCGGCCAACCCCUCGCCCUUCUCGUAAAAAUGUCACCGCUAGUCUCCGACCUCCACCUCUACGAUAUCGCAAACGUGAAAGGUGUAGCCGCCGAUCUCAGCCACUGCAACACCCCAUCCCGCGUCCGUGACUUCACCGGAAACACUGAACUCGCCGCCUGUCUAAAAGACGUCGACGUGGUCGUGAUUCCCGCCGGAGUCCCGAGAAAGCCCGGAAUGACACGCGAUGACCUCUUCAACAUCAACGCCGGAAUCGUGAAAACCUUGAUAGAAUCCGUAGCCGAUAACUGCCCGGACGCGUUCAUCCACAUCAUCAGUAACCCAGUCAACUCAACCGUCCCGAUCGCUGCUGAGGUCUUGAAGCAGAAAGGCGUGUACAAUCCCAAAAAGCUCUUCGGUGUCACCACUCUCGAUGUUGUUCGCGCCAACACUUUUGUUUCUCAAAAGAAAAACCUAAAACUUAUCGAUGUCGAUGUCCCGGUGAUCGGAGGACACGCCGGAAUUACGAUCCUACCCUUGCUAUCGAAGACGAAACCGUCGGUCACGUUUACCGAACAAGAAGCGGCGGAUCUAACGGUAAGGAUUCAAAACGGCGGGACGGAGGUUGUGGAGGCGAAGGCGGGGGCGGGGUCCGCCACGUUGUCGAUGGCGUAUGCGGCGGCGAGGUUCCUGGAAUCGUCACUCCGGGCGCUUGAUGGUGAUUCGGAUGUUUAUGAGUGUGCGUUUGUUGAGUCGGAAUUGACGGAGCUUCCGUUUUUUGCUUCGCGGGUUAAGCUUGGGAAACAGGGAGUUGAGGCGGUGAUUGGGGCGGAUCUUGAAGGGUUGACGGAGUAUGAGGAGAAAGAGGAAGGGUAUGAAAUCUAUAUGGGGUACUAUCAUGAUAGUUGAAGUUGAAAUGAAAAUGAGAAUCUAAACUUUCAAAUUUGCAAUUUUUGGAUAAAAUUCAUUCAAACGGCCGUGGUUUGUGGUUUGUAGGGGUCUAUCGUUUUGUAACCGCGUACAAAUCACAAUCGAUGAAUUUGAUUUAGUGGUUCUGAUUUAGUAUUUGGUUCUUACAAAAUUUAUAUAAUGUUCUCUUAGGAAUAAGAAAGUUC